AUGUCAUUUGAGUACUUUAACUCAUUUAUGCUAAAGGAUAGUAAUAGUCAUAAUCAUUCAUUAAAUGAAGCUAUUAUUGCUGAAGAUAGUAAUAGCCCUAAUCACUCAUUAAAUGAAGCUGUUGCUAAAGAUAGUAAUAGUCAUAAUCAUUCAUUAAAUGAAGCUGUUGCUAAAGAUAGCACUAGUCAUAAUAAUUCAUUAAAUGAAGCCGUUGCUAAAUAUAUGCCAAAAGAUAGUAAUAGUCAUAAUCAUUCAUUAAACGAAGAUGAUGUUAAAAAACUAAUGCAACAAUUAAGCAGUAUGUUAGGUGAAGUCAUUGCUAAUGAUUCAUUAAAUGAAUAUGAUAAAAACCAAAUACAACAAUCAAUCAUAAUAUUAGAUGAAUCUAUUGUUAAGUCAAAACGUUUAACGGAUAUUGUUAAAAAUAAUUUUCCAUUAAAUAAAGAUGAUAUAGAACAAAUAAAACAAACAAUCAAAAUAUCUGAAAAAAACAUUGAAGCCACUGCCAGAUCAAAAAAAUUAGGCAAUAUCAUAAACAGAAUAUUUGAAAACUCCACAUCAUCAUUUGAAAAAAUUUGA